CCCUUGUUGGAUAUCGGUCGGCAAGUCAGUGGCGAUAUCGACAAUAAGACAUUGAUUUCGAAGCUCGGCAGGCAUGUAAGAGCGUGGUAGUGUGGAAAGAGGGCAGCGAAGACUCGGUGAAGAGGUUUUAUAUAGACUUACGGCCGGGACGAGGAUCAAAGGUUGAAAGCAUCAGAGUAAGAGAUCGCCACAGCGAGUUGCUAUUAUACAAAGACCUCCCAGUCCCUGAAGAGCCCCAUACCCCCGCCCAGUAUACCCAGACUAUCAAUCAUGUCGGCAUCCGGCGCGCUCGUCAUCAUCUCCUGCACCGAGUCUGACGCUCGGAUUGACCCCUCCCGCUACUUCAAUCUCUCCGCAAAUAGCGCCUCUGUGGUGAAAACAAAUGGUGGGCGCACCACUGACGCAGUCACCUCGCUCUACUCCAUCGACCAGUCUACUCGUAUCGGUAUGAUUGUUAUUGUUCAACAUACUGAAUGCGCCGCGACGACUGGAGAUGUAGACACAAAUGUACGAGAGGAUAUUACUGCGCUGAAAAGCUCACCAUAUUUACGGCACGAUAUUCCAAUUAUUGGGUACAAGUUAGAUGCUGCGAGUGGGCAGUUAAAAGAAGUAUAUGUACCGAGAAAUGGAGAAGAUGAGGAAACUCGUCGACGCGUCUUGAGCCAAAUGGACGACUUCGGACCGUUCUGGAGUUAAGUAUUAUUUUUUUUGGUUGACAUCGGCUAGUUGUGGGUCAUGACGUGGAUUUCUGGUUUACGGUGCCAGGUGGCAUUUCUGGGUCUGCAAGAACGUGUUUUGUUGAACUGAGAUACCAUGGUCAAGGCAUCAACUCAAAGAUUUUCCUCGCCCAUGGGCACACAG